AUGAUAAGAUGUGGUACGCUUUUACAGAACGAGACUGAACAUGUCGAAAGCACGUUUGACCAUGACGAGGAUGAAGCCGAAGAAAAUAUGGAUUUUAUUCCAUGUGAUAAUAUUUUCGACGAUCCGCUGUUUGAUAAUUGCAUGGCUACUCACUUCAAUACUCUCUCUGUUAUAAGAUGUGCCGCGCACACUUUGCAGUUGAGUGUGCACGAUGUUUUAAAACAUGCAGAUGUAAAACACAUGUUUGAAGAAUGCCGUGCAAUUGCAAAAAAGCUCCGCACACCAGCAAUGCAUCGAAUUCUAGUCAAGUAUAACUUGCCACCACCAAUUGCUGAAUGCCCAACACGUUGGAGCUACUCGUACAAUUUAGUACAACGCUUAAAAAUGCUUCAAGAAUUCAUCAAAAACAAUUUUGAAAAUCAAACCAUAGACUGGGAUUUUGUAGACGAUUUUUUAAAAAGCUUUUCUGUUAUGAAAGUGGUGACGGAAAAGCUUCAAAAUCACAACUUACUUUUCGGCGACUUUAUAAAAUUCUUUUUAGAAACUUGCUUAACGGUAAAAAAAGGUUCCGAGCACUCAAACAUUUCAAAACUAUUGUUCAAUUCAAUGAACGAACGAAAAAAAAAUUUACUUGGUAAUCCAACAGUGGCUGCAGCUAUUUACCUAGACCCUAGGCUACAUCGUUUGUUGCAAAGUUUGGAAUUCUCGCAUAUGAGACUAGUAGCCAUUGAACAUCUGAAAGCGUUACAUUUGAAAGUUAGUGCUCUGUCUACACAGCUCGGACAAGACAUCAGUGUUACAAUAGAAAGCGAGGACAAUAGUGAGGAUACAGAUUUGCUUGGAGAACUUCUAAAUCAAAUAAGUUCAACUACAUCCAACGAUUCAUGCAUUUUAGAAGGAUAUUCAGCUAUUGAAUCAUUCAAUGAAUCAACAGACACAAAAGAAAAUUUAGCUGCCUUUUGGGAACGAAAGAAAUAUACACACAAAAACUUGUAUCAGCUUUCCCAAGUUAUCCAUGCAACUCCGGCAACGCAAGUGAGUGUAGAGCGUGCAUUUUCUACACUUAAAUACAUUGUAAACGACUACAGGUCAAAUUUAAGUGAUGAUUUGACCGAAACUAUUUUACUAUUAAGGUUAAAUAACAAAUAA